AUGGACGAUCACAAAUUAGUUGUUGAUGGACUCAAAUUGGCUGUCAUUCUGAGUCUCAUAAGUGGGACUGCCCUUGUUCCGUCCCCUCAAACAUUAAAUGUAUAUAACCAGCCACAAGUGCAUGGACGAAGCGAGGAGAGAAGUGGGUGUGAGUCUGGCUGGACUAUGUACUUAGAUCAAUCCUCGAAUUCUGAAGAUCAUCAAUUUCACAAAAGCAGAGACCAUAGAAGAUGCAAAGCAGAGGAGGAGGAAGAUAAUGAGGAUGAUAAAGAUGAGGACUUGUCCAUGGUUUCUGAUGCAUCCUCUGGGCCUCCACAUUUCCAUGAAGUUGAUCAAGAUUGUUAUGCCUCUGAAAAAGCAAACAAGAGAGACAAGAAGAAGAAGAGCAAAGAAGUACAUAAAGGCCACCAACACCAUUCAUAUCUUGAUGACACUGCUAGCUCCCCUGUUCUCAUGACCUAUUCCAAGAAGAAUUUAGGUGUUUCUUCCAAUGAAUCUUCAAUGGAGCAUGUAUUGGGAUUUUCACAGGGCUUCUCUACAACACAUCUUAAGUCGUUGCAGGGAAAAUCUACAUUUCGGAAGCACUUUGGUUCCUUCAAGUCGUCUGUGGCUGGAAAACCAGAUUCAGGAGCAGCUGGUGGUGUAUAGAGGGAAGAAAGUAGGAAUGGAGGAAUAGUAAUAGUUUUUUUUUUUCUUCUACUGUGCUGCUGUUGUUUCAAUUGCAUGAGGGAGAGAUGGGACAUGUUAAACACAAAGGCGUUAGAAACCUUGUUCUUUUUCUUUUUCUUGAAUUUUUCUUCUGAUGUGUUCCUGUCAAUGCAGUAGGGAACAACCUGAGAACAUAAAUGUUAAAAUAAAAAUUUGAUGAUUUUAUUUUGUA